UUCCUGAAAGAAGUGCAACAACGUGGUUUUAGGAGAGGUAGUACGACACACGUCCAAAACGUAUAGCUAUAUUUAUUUUAUCAAUUUUAUAUUUAAUAAUGACAGAAGGCAAAUCAUCAGAGAAGCCGGCGAAAACUCUGCUGGCUCUGAAUCCAAAGGAUGAUGCAGCGUUUCAGAAGAAGGUUCAGCAAGUAAAGAAACGUCCUAAAACGGGUCAGCCACUUUCUCCUGGAGUACUUUAUGCUGGUCAUCUGCCUCGAGGAUUGUUUGAACCUCAAUUAAAAUCUUACUUUGGACAGUUUGGCAAAGUCACUCGAACAAGAGUUUCCAGGAGUAAAAAGACCGGAUGGAGCAAAGGCUAUGGAUUUGUGGAGUUUGAGUGUAAUGAGGUUGCUAAGAUUGUGGCUGAGACCAUGAACAACUACCUUAUCGGAGAGCGGCUCAUAAAGUGUCAAGUGGUGCCACCUGAUAAGGUCCAUGAAAAGCUAUUUGUUGGUUCCAGGUUGGGCUUCAAGAAGCCAAAGCAGCCUGCAGUUGCUCGUUAUAACAAACAGCAUGCUGAAGAUGAUCUGAAGAAAGUUGGUACAAAGCUUUUAAGCAAAGAGUCUAAGCUACGCAAGAGACUGGCCGCAAAGGGCAUUGACUAUGAUUUCCCAGGAUUUGCAGUUCCGAUUCCAGCCAAGAAAGCCCAAUUAGAAGCCAAUGUUUCAGUAUGCAGCGAGGGUGUCACUACAGUGUGCACCCCAACAGUUUUGGAGAGGAGGAAGUCGAUCAGAGUUGAGGACGAUGAUGUUGAUGACAAAAUAGUCAUCAAAGCCAAAUCUGUUUCAGAAAACAGCGAGGAUGUGGAAGAUAGCGAGGAAGAGUCAGGUGAAGAUGAAGAGGAGGAAGGUGAAGAGGAGCAUAUGACUUAAAAGGACAAUUUAAUGACUAAUCAAAAGACUUAAAUUCCUUGUUUUAGAAGGGACACCGUACUCAGAGCCAUUUGUAUGCGAUUAGUUCUCAAUCCUGCCCAGCGGCUGGAGAAGAGGAUCACACAUGUUAUUCUGAUUAUCAGGCAUCUGUUUUGAGGUGUGUUUUAUGCAGAUGUACCGAUUGCCUUUAUGGGGUACGAUGUGGUCUCCGAGAGGUUGCUAAAGUCCAAUUGACUGUGUAGUACACAAAGUAUAUGUGUUAUGUUACAUUAAAAAAUUUGUUAAUUUGAAAAUUAAAUGGUAGGAUGGAUAUCAUUGUAUUUCUGACACAUUAUUUUGUCUAGUACUAUUUUCAGACAUGCAGCUUUGCAAUAUUGGUCAAACAUGUGCUUAACCCAUAAAAGGGGAUCAAAUACAUUUCUUUGUUGCUUUUUAAAGCUAUUUUGACUGAACAAUGGUUUGUGUAAAUUGUUGCGGUGAAGAGCUUACAUAUAAGUUAAGAGGUAUCAUGGAAGAAAUAAAGAUCAAUGAAAAUGCAUUUAUCAGAAUAACCACUAGAUAGAGCCAGGAGUCGUUUUCCAUUGCUGUAGGUUUAAUGUUGUUGCAAGCCACUUGAAAAUUUGUUGCUUAAAAUGUACUGAUGUCUGUGUUUUAGUACAUAUAUUUUACAUAUUAUUUUAAGUGAACCAACAGUAAUAUAUUAAUUUCAGUAAUAAUACUAUUAAUUGUUUAAACUAGUUAAACCGGUUCUGUAUUAUUAUCCUGUAUAUAUUCUGUAUAUGCUAUCUCAACUAUUUUGUGGGUAAUGGCAAAUGUCAAAUUGCCCAAAUGAGUUGAACUAUUCUUUUUAGUUUGUACUG